AUGGUGGUGACCGAGGAGCUGCCGAUCGAUCUUGCGGAUCCGUUCUCGGCCAUUAUGUUCGAGACGCCAGUCCGAGGUGCCACAUGCACCCACCUGGAAUGCUUCGACUUGAGUAACUGGCUCGAGACGCGCGAGCGCAAACCUCAAUCUCGCAAAUGCAUCUCGCACCAGGCAGACGUAUGCGAGGCGACGUGCCGCUGGCGCAUUUUCGAGCCGACGCUCGUGGACAGAUGGCGGUGUCCCAUUAAAAGCUGUUUCGGGGACGCUCGUCCAUGCAGCCUUGUGGUGGACGGGUUCCUGCUCGGGGUGCGCAAGGAGCUCGAGUCCACAGGCCGGCUUAACGCGCGCAGCAUCCGUGUCUCGGCGGAUGGAUCCUGGAAGCCAGUCCCGGACCGGAAUGACGACGUCAACGACGUCAACGACGAUUCGGGCAGUGACGGUGACUGCAAGGCCAAAGCGGCACCGAGCCGGCGGAGCAAGAGCAAGCCAGCCAGGGCGACAUUUACUAGCAGCAUGUAUCCGGACGUCCGCGCUUUGCAUCCGCUUCUCACCGACCUCACUUGA